UUACUCCCCCAUAACCCCUACGCACCACUCACCAACCUACGCCUAUACGCACACCUCUCAACCCAACCAGAAUGAAAACACCAUACCGCAGCCCCCUCCAAUACCCCUCGAUUUCGAGGAUAACAGCGAUGUGAUUGCUCUGAGGAGCGCGAUUGCGAUUCUGCAGAUGCAGGCGCGGAACGCAGGGAGUGAUGUGCGGCGUUUGAGGGAUGUGAAAGAGAGGGCGAUGAGGGAUCCAGAGGCGUUUUUGGGGGCGAGGGAAAGGGGCGAGGUGAGGGUUAAGGAUGGGGUGUUUGGACCUAGUUAUGAGAGUGAGGAUGAAGAUGGGGAUGAUGACAGUGAGCUGGGGAAGAAGGGUGAGGAUGAUGUUGAAAUGGAGGAGGGUGGGAAUGGGAGUGUGGAGAAGGGGGAAGAGUGGUUGUUGCCUAGGAUGCAGAAUGUGGUGCGCUGUCCACCGAUUAACUGGAGUCAGUAUGCGGUUGUGGGGGGGAGUUUAGAUAAAAUACAUAAGGAUCAGUUAGAGCGGCCAGUGGAGGGAACGCCGCAGCGGAUUGGAGCUGAUGGGAAUCUGAUUUAUGGUGGUGAGGGCGAGAGGAGGGAGCAUGUUGGGGUUUAUGCGCCGUAUGAUCCCAUGAGGGAUAAAGUCGAGAUCAAGAAGAAGACUGGAAAGAGAUAG